GCCUCCUUCGGUUCCAUCGAUCUCUCACGCUAGUGGCCCAGUGCACACCGUGAGAGAGGGAUUAAUUGGCCGGCGAUAUGAUGGAGCCAGUACGCCGCCGGAGUAGUUUGCCUAGUGCGACGACCAUGACGGUUGUGGUCCAGCUCCUCCUAUGCCUCUGGUGUGUGGUGGUGGUGGCGGUGGCGGCCGAGUCGUCGUCGCCGGUGGCCGGAGAGAGGCAGAGGCAGCAGCAGCUGUGGGUGUUCGGCGACUCGUACGCGGACACAGGCAACCUGGGGAACCUGGGGAGGGAGCUGACGCACGCCUGGUACGACCCCUACGGCCGCACCUUCCCGCGCCACCCCACCGGCCGCUUCUCCGACGGCCGCGUCCUCACCGACUUCGUCGCUAGCGCCGUUGGCAUCCCGACGCCGGUGGCGUACAAGCUGCGGCGGCGGUCGGCCGGCGGGCUGCUGGGGCGCGGCAUGAACUUCGCGGUGGGCGGGUCCGGCGUGCUGGACACGGGCUACUUCCAGCGCAACAUCAGCUCGCAGAUCGACCUGUUCCAGAAGCAGCUGCAGGGGAGCGCCCCCGCCGGCGUCGCGCUCGUCGUCGUCUCCGGCAACGAUUACUCCGCCGUCGUCGACAAGAACAACGGCACAAGCGAGGCGGCGAUCGCGUACAUCCCGACGGUGGUGGCGGGGCUGAAGGAGCAGCUCCGGCGGCUGCGCGACGACGUCGGGAUGAGAAAGGUGGUGGUGACGAACCUCCACCCGAUGGGGUGCACGCCCUACUUCACGCGGCCGCUCAACUACUCCGGCUGCGACCCGCUGGCCAACGCCGGCUCCGACCAGCACAACGCCGCGCUCCGCUCCGUCCUCGACGCCCUCGACCCGACCAACAGCACCUUCCUCCUCCUCGACCUCCACACCCCCUUCCUCACCUUCAUCGACUCGGCCAGGUUCCCGGUGCGGCUGCGCCCCUGCUGCGAGACGCUCAAGGCGGACGGCCAUUGCGGCCAGCUCGACGACGCCGGCAACAAGCAGUACACGGUGUGCGACGACCCGGACCGCCACUUCUACUGGGACGACGUCCACCCCACGCAGGCCGCCUGGGCCGCCGUCGCCGACGCCUUCACGCCGGCCAUCCACCGCUUCCUCUCCACCUGACCAACCCACCCACCAUCAUUGCCUCUUCUUCAACAAUUUCUUCUCUCUCUCUCUCUCUUUUUUUUAUGCCUGUUUAGUUAAUGUACCCUUGUUUGUUGGAUGAUUUGUGGCAGCUACAAAACACAAUUACUGACGCCAGAAUAUUUUAACCAAAUCAAAGAGCUCUCGAAAACAAAACGUUGCCUUUGGAA